AAUUUUCCAGACCGGUUUGAUGAAAACAAAGCAGCAGAUGAAAGUAAAUUACAAAAAGAAACUCUUAUUGUGAAGAAAUGGAUUGAUGAAAAUCCCUUUGUUCUGUCAGCUAACUUCCAUGGGGGUUCCUUAGUGGCAAAUUACCCUUAUGAUGAUAGAGCCGACAAACGUAGUGUAUAUAGUGCUACAACUGAUGAUGACAUUUUUCGAAAGUUGGCAUUAACUUAUUCUUCAAACCACCCAACAAUGCAUCUGAAUAAAGCACAAUGUGAUGGCGAUAAUUUCAAGGAUGGUAAGAUUUGUAUACUGUCUUUUAUCUUUUAUCUUUUUAUUGUCUACAUGUAAUAGCAUCGCUUUAUUUCAUAAGUAGCUUGAGCAUGAUCCUCCGGGUGCUGGUAGCUGUUGACUCAUUUUUUGUUUUAAAAAAUGAUAAUAUAGAAUAAAUGCAAUCACCUUCACCAAAUUAAACAUACAUUGUUGUACAAGAAUUCACAUUGAAAAAAUGUUUCUGAGGCUCAUAUGGCAUGCUUCUGGUAUUGUGAAAGUCAUUGUGCAAAGGAACAACAAACUAUUGUUGCUCUUCCAAAAGACAUUGCAUUGCUCAUGUUCUUUAUGCCAACAAGGUACUUGACCAAUAAAUUAUUAUAGGAUGUAGAUUUAGGUAAGAAUUUGGGAGUUUCUGAAUGAACACGAGUGGCAAGUGCUCCUAACACUACUAAGUUCCAAACCAUCCAUCAUAAGAAAUAACUGCAAAUUUAAGGUUGCGUUCAAUUGGGAAAUCGGGAUUGCAGAUUUGCAAUCAAGCGUAAAAACCGAAAACAGAUUAAUUCCUUUCUGAGAAAACUGUCCUCAGGGUGGAUUUCAAUCAAGAAAUCCAAAUCUUGAUUUCAUGGAUUUCCUUUUUACCGUUCAAUUGGGAAAUCCAAAAAAGGAUUGCAAAACUAUUCUCAUCAACAGAGGUCUUCUUUUUGCUGACUAUGCACGUGCGCAAGACAGCUGUUCUUAAGGACAGUUUUCAAAUCCUUUUUCAGAUUUUGCCAAUGGAACGUUAAAAAGGAUAUCCAAAAACAGAUAUUUCAGUGUUAAAAGCCAUUUUCAGAUUUCUUGUUCGAUUGCAAAUCCGGAUUUUAAAAUCUAAAUCCAGAUUUCCCAACUGAACACACCCUUAAAAAGCUAUUUCCUUUCAUUGUAAAUCAUCUGUCUUGUUGCACUUGUUUAAAAGGAGAGAAAUACUAUCCACUGAUUAAAUCACUAUCCAAUGGAUAAUUAACAAUUAUUAUUGAGUAUGAUGUGAACACCUAAAAAAUUUCAGGAAUGUUCAUGGUGUACUGGCCAAUUACAGUAAAGUUCAGGAAUAUGCAAGCAAACCUCAAAACUACAAACUAAUUACUGUUGCUGUUUACCACCGCGCGGUCAGCUCAAUGGGAUAAGUGCCGGUCUGCUGAGCGGGAGGCCGUAGGCUCAAACCCCGGCCGGACCAACACUCAGGGUCUUUAAAUAACUGAGGAGAAAGUCCUGCCUUUGUAAUAACAUCUACGAUAAACCGUAGGCCCCGUCUCGCAAGCCCUUGCACAUGUAAUAAAUCUGUGGGAUGUUAAAGAACCCACACACUCUUCAUAAAGAGUAGGGCGCAUAGUGUCCGAUGUAGUGGUCUAUCUCACUUUCACAUUCAUAUGGGGGCAUCAUUACUCAUUCCUUCAUUACUUAUAAAUUGCACCUUAAGCAGAGUGGCAAAGUCCCCCAACCAGUGUUGUAAAUCAUCCCUGAAAAGCCCUGUGGGGAGUGGAUAAUAAGAUAUUUACAAUUUAUUUAUCUCGUGCCUUAUUGGCUAAUUCCUUGCAACACAAUAACAUUCCAUAAAUAUUUCUGGUGUUUACGGUUCUGUGUGUUUCACAGUUACAAACUUACCUCCUCCUAGACUUUCUUUUAUACUUUAGCCUAUUUUUUGGGACAGUUUCAUGAUAUUAACAGUUGCUUGUUACUGGCAGAUAAUCCUCAAAAAGUAGAUAAUAUGCUUCAAGCAAUAAGUUAGUUUUGCAUAUUCUUACAUUUCUUCUGUCCAGUUUUGUCAGAAAUUCAGCUAUUUGAAUUGGAUUCACAACUUUUUUUGGUUCAUUGUUGCCCAAGCACCCUCAUUUCCAGGCAAAUAUACAUUGAUCAACCUCUUUUCCAAGCAAAUAUACCAUCAAAUCGAUGUUAUAUGACUCCAUCUUCCAAAUUUGGUCAAGACCAGCUGGUAAUGAAGAAUUAGCCAGUGGAUUUGAGUCAAUCAGAAACUGCAAAAUAUUUUGAAUGAAUAAUAAUUAAAUAAUGCAAUCUAGUGGUUUCCCUAAUAGUUGUCCGCUGUCAACAGAAAUUUAUCUAUUUGGUAGCCUUAUCCAAGUUUCGAACAACUGGAACCUAAUUGCUUUUUGUUAAAAUGGUGAAAACCAACAGGGAUCCAUGCCUAGUUUUUAUGUUUGCUCAAAUAUUUGGUUCUAAUCCCUGAUCACUCUUUCCUAGGCAUCACAAAUGGUGCUCAGUGGUAUUCAGUCACUGGUGGCAUGCAAGAUUACAACUAUGUUAGAAGCAAUGCUUUUGAAAUUACUGUUGAAGUCAGCUGUUGCAAGUUUCCAUCUGAGUCUACACUUGAACGGUUUUGGAAAGAAAACAAGAAAUCCCUGCUUGAAUAUCUAAAGCUUGUUCACACUGGUCUCAGUGGCUUUGUCAAGGACCAGAAAUCAGAAAGAGGUACG